AACCAACAUAAGCCGGAAUGUUCUAGCACAGUCGUGUUGCUCUGCAUAAAGGAGACCCAACGCACUGGAAAUAAACACAGAUAUUGUGUGCAUUUGUUCAUAUACACUCUAAAGAACCGUGCAAAGUGCUUCACAUCAUGGCAGAGGACAAGCAGGCCAGGAAAUACCCACAGAACCUGCAGGGGGUUCUGCAGCUGGCAGUGGAUGCUGGAUCAGGAGCAGAAGGACCUGCAGCUCUGGAGCCCAUGUCAGAGGAGAGGAAGCUGUGGCUGAAAAAUGCUCUUUCAGAAAUCUGCAAGAUGGAUGAAGUGGAGCAGAUAAAGCAGUGCUUGGCCGUCUUACACCAGGAGGGAAUGAGCGAAAGGGAGAUAAAAGAAGAGGAUGAGAGGGAUGAAGAGGAAGAAGAUGUGCGAAACAAGGCCUUUGAUGUGCUGUCAGAGUUGUGUGAGAACCUGGACAAUGCAAGAGACCUUAUGACUCUUGGCGGACUGGAACUGUGUAUCUCCCACUAUCUGUGUCAUGCCAAAAGUGGACUGAGGUGGCGUGCAGCCCAGCUCAUCGCUUCCUGUGCUCAGAACAUGUCGCAGGUGCAGGAGCAUUUGUUUAGCCUCGGGGCGCUCCCGAAGCUGCUGCAGCUGACAGACUCAGACCCCCACCCCACCGUCAGAGUGAAAUCCCUUUACGCCGUGUCGUGUCUGAUUCGAGAGCAGGAGGAAGGACUCAAAGCAUUCCUGGCCCAUGAUGGCAUCUCAGUGCUGAUGCGUUGCUUGCAAUCGGACAUCGAGAGGCAAAGGACCAAGUCGGCAUUCCUUCUGCUCAACCUGCUGAGGUCAAAUCCCGAACAGAAAGGCACAGCGGCCUCCAUGGGUAUGGUACAGCAGCUGGUUUCUGUUCUCCGCACACCACACUUACCUUUCCAUGAACAUGUGCUUGCUGCCCUUUGCUGUCUGGUGGAAGACUGUCCACAGGGUCUCAAAGACUGCAAGGAUCCUGCUCUGGGUCUGAAGGAGUUACUCAGACAGCGAUCCAAAGAGCUCAAAGGAAAAGAAGAGAGUCAGGAGGAACUGGACUUCUGUGAUCUUUUGACUGAUAUUUGUUUCAGCGGGUCAGAUGACAAUGCGAUGGAUCGCUGAAGUCGUUACCCUCGUCUGUGUUGGUCUCAGUUUGCAAAGAUGUAGCAGAACAUUCAUGAUUUGGGUCAUGGAUGUUAAGCAACUUUUUUGUCUGUUAAGACAAAUGCUGUCCUUAUUUUGCACGUCAUCCAGAAGCUGGAUUUUACUGUGUAAAUAACUCUAAUGUAUAAAAUACUCUUCAAGUCA